AUGAAAUUAAUUGCAGUAGUGUGUUUUAUGGCCAUAACUUUAAGUUAUGCUUUAGCAAAAAGGAAUACUAUAACCCAUAAUUUAAAUUUUGUGAGUACUAACCCGAAGCAACUGCAGAGAAGUUCUUCACAGAGGUUGAGGGCAACAGAAUACAAACUUGAAAAUAAAAUAAUUAGAGGUCCUCUAACCCCCAUAAAUGAAUUUGUUCUGAUCCAGAAGGACGAUGCAUAUGAUACAACUGAAGCAGGGGUUUUCAUUGGAGAUAGUCUAAAAAAGAACCAGUAUGUAGGAAAAGUGUUGGGUGUUGGAACAGGAGUCGUUAAUACAAAAAAUGGGGUACCAAUAGAUGUUCAAGUUGGCGAUGUUGUAAUUUUUAACCCAAGUGAUGGAAAUAAGGUAAAAUACAACGAUAAAGAAUGCUUGUUAAUAUCGAAUGAAGAAGUUUUAGCAAAAAUAAUUGAUGCUUCUGCUGAAGUAAGUCCACACAACAUUACUCCUUAUUAUGACCGUGUGUUAAUAAAACUAAUAAAUACAAGUGUAUCAUCUGACUCAUUAAUAAUUAUGCCAGAAACCAAAAAUAAUGAAAAAUCAUGUGAUGGAUUAGUUGUAGCACUUGGAAAUGGAAUUUAUGAUGCAAAUAAUAAUAAAGUACCAUUAGAUAUACGUGUGAAUGAUUAUAUAAAAUUUUCUCCAUUUUCGAACGAGAGUUGUGAAUUUACUUAUAAUAAUGAAAAGUAUACUUUUGUAAAAGCAAGAUAUAUUAUGGCAAAAUACUAG